UCCCUUCCUCCCCCUCUCUCUCUCUGCCUGGCUUUGCUUGAUCUCUCCCUCCCUCUCCCUCUCUCUCUCGCUCUCAAAGAGGUUAGAGGAAAACAGACAAGGAGAGAAAAAAGCAAGCAAAAGCGGAGAAAUCCAGCCUCGCUUGAAUCAUAAUUUGAUUUCUGGACAGGGUGAGGAAGAGGGGGGAGAGGAGCACACGUCCCUUCCACCCCCACCUCACACAUACACACAACGAAGGGGAGCAGCAUACAGGGCUAGGCCGCAAGUCAUUAGUUCUUGGUGGACAAGCACUGACAAAAGGUUGGAGGGAGAAGCCAGCAUGAGGGGAACCUUCACAGGAACUAUGGAGAGCUGAGAGGACCAGAAGAAAGCCUUUCUCGCUUUCUUGUUUUUGUUCUAGGAAAGCCGCAAAGAGGACACUGCUACAGCUGAGCAGACAAGACAGAGAUCACUUCCUUGUGUUGUAUUUUGAGGGAGUGCGCGCAGUCCACAUCACCUCUUCUUCUCUGGCCACAUGAAAGUGAUGCUUUCAUCGUGCGGACAUCGACUUGUUUCCCUUGAUUUGGAAUUUCUUCAUUGUGGGUCAAAAUGCAGCCGCUGCUGAGAGGAUUACAGCAGCACAGAGCUGUGGAGCUGCAGCCCUGAAGGAUCUAGAGCGAGAACAGGAUUUAUUUAUCUCCCAGUGAGUGGACGCCACGGACACAGCAUAUUGAGGAGGUAAGCUUGACACCAUUUCAGGGAGGAUUUGGUGGUGAAGGAUGAGACAGAAUGGCACAGGACUAACAGGAAUGAGAAGAUAGAAAAUCAGUGUGAGGGGUGCUUUAAGAGGGGUGGCCAAAGCCUCUCCAGGCAUGUGCCGAGGAGAGCUACACUGAGGUCCUUUUUCAGCCAUUACUGUUGCUACAGAGACCAAGCAGGGAGUGUUUCAUGUAUAUGUUAGGGAGGAAAGGGAGUGUGUGUAUUUGUGUUUGCAGACGAGGGUUGACUUUUUGUUUAUAGCUAAAAAGCUAACACUCAGGAGAAUGUGCCGCAUAUGUCUGACUUGUUGUUUUGUGUGAAAAGGUGCCUCGGCUGAAGCGUGACAGCGUCAAACUGGGCAGCUCGAGGAGGAUUUGCUUCAACCAUUUCUCAGGGACUCUUGAGGAAACAGGACAGAAGACAAAUUCGGACGCAGAAGAAAGCCAUGGGACUGAAAACCACUCGCAUGCAGACAUAAAAGUUGUCACAGAGACUGUUUCCAGGUCAUAGUGGAGUAGGAGGAGACAGAAGUGGUGUAUUUUUUUUUUCGGUCAAACACCCUCCUCAAUGCUACAGUCUGUUUGUCUCUCACUGACAUCUGCUUGUUAAACCGAGGAUUUUCUUUUCUUUACUUUUUUUUUUUUUUUGCAAGUUACCUUUAUUGACGAAUGAGAGCAAAGACAAGCGGGAUACAGACUCACUGAUUCCCUCGAGGUAAAAGGGGAAAAACAACCUAGACUUUUGAUGUUUGUAUUACCUUGACAGCAACCAGAAAUCUUGGCUGCCUGUCCCAUUUUCUUCUUUCGUGGUUCGGUAACCAAGCGAUGGCAAUGGUGAGUGGGGGCUGGGGAGAUCCCAAUGGGGGCACUAACGGGUUAGGAGACAAGAGCUACCUGCGGGUUGAGGAGGAGGACGGCUCCCCCCAGGCGGGAGGCAGCGACAUGGAGGCCGGAGACGACGACAAGGCCUGCGUGGUGGACUGUGUGGUGUGCGGGGACAAGUCCAGCGGGAAACACUACGGCGUGUUCACGUGCGAGGGCUGUAAGAGCUUCUUCAAGAGGAGCGUUCGACGCAACCUCAGCUACACAUGCAGGUGAGAGAGGGGCAUUCUGGGUAAAUUUCAAAUUUACUACACAGUUGUCAACUGAAGCCGUCUAACGUUAGCCGACGGAUAUAGCAAUAUAUGUAUAUGGUUUGUGUACUUAAACAUGAUGUAGAUCGAUGAUAUGAAUGAGACAAAAGACACAUUGUCGACUCUAACUCAAACCUCACUGCAUGUAGUCUCUUUGGCUAUUAACAGACCAGUCAAAUGGCGAUAAAGUAGGCAAAAAUAAACCGAAAUAUUUUGUUAAAAGAUAAACAGAACACAAUUACUUUAAGCACAGUGUCUGCUGUAAUGUGACAAAAAUACCACACACUAAAAACAAGACUUAUCAUAUUAAAAUGUCGCCAUAAUGGUACAGCAAAACUAAUCAGUCAAAAAUAUACACUAUCCACUGUUGGUGCCUUGUAUGCCUAGUAACUUCUACCUUAUUAUGCCAAAAUAUUCACAUUUUGGCCCCUUUUACAUUAUUUAACUCCAAAUAUCUAUACUAAAGGAGGAAAAAGCAUGCAUCCCUGUAUUUUAUGAAAACUGUGAAGGUUGUUUUUCCUUAACACAAAUCUCUAUGAGCUUCUUCUCAUGCAAGAAAUCUAAUAAUAACGGACAAAAAUAUCAGUCAGUGAUUUUAACAGUCGUUUUUCAAAGCCCUGCUUGGUUAUUAUGUUUCAACUGAUAGCGGGAAGUGUCUUCUCUAGUACAUCAAAUAUAUGCUUAGCUGAUGGACAAUUCCCACUGAAGGAAGUCACACUCCUAUCAUAACCUUGAAACUCCUCAUACGGACUAAAAGAAAUAUAGAAGACUUGAAUACAGAUUCUAAAGAUUUUUUACAGCCUGGAGCUACCUUUGCAUCCAAUUUAUAGGGGAUAAAUGAGAUAUAACUUACUACGAAACUGUCAAACAUUAACUGAACUUUUAUGAUUUCUGAGAGCCAGAUGUUAUGGCUUUGUUACUUGUUCUGUCUGACCAAAGGUCAUCAUUUAAACAUAUUUAAUUUUUGAUUUUAUGUGAUAAAGAAAUGCCUAACCUUCCCACACUCAAGAUGUUGAAUCAAAGAUCUUGCAUAUUCUGUUUUCUUGGUAAAGACAAGGUUAAAAUAAUCUCAAACGGUACCCCCAUCUUCUUUCUGAGCAUGGUGUUAAUGUUUGUAGCCUUUGGUUGUUUUUGUUAAAACAACAUGCUGCAUUUCUUAGCAAAGUCUCCUUGGAGGGGAGAAAUCUCUAAUCUCAGAGGAACUACCACUGAUAAAAACAUGUUCAACAGAUACUCAGAAAAUGAAAAUCUUAUGGUGGACUAUUGCUGUUCUGAAACACUGAAAAGGGGAAAUUGUGAUGUUGUGUUGUAGAUGUUCAUAUAAUCUGUGAAAACAGCUGUUUGAAUACAGUAAAAAUGUUUAUGAAUAGAAGAUUGUGGCUCUCCAUCACUGAACUGCUUUUCUAUUUAAUAUCUAUAUUUACUUGACUGCUUGCACAUCAGUGUUAAUGUAUUUGUUGUUGUGAAGCUGUGAUAAUGUUGCAUGUUCUUUUAUUUGUAAGUUUACUUAACCAGUACUUUCUGGAUGAAGUGAAGUGACUGUGUAGUAAACAUAUCCCAACAGUAUUAGGAUCACUUCUUUGUAAAAUAAUCGAGAAAAUUUAUUUUAUGGAACCAAGCCAUGCUUUCUCACUUAUGGUUACUAUAACUUACCCAGUGGUUGGAUUCCUGGGUGUGUUGCACAUACUUCUGAGCUAUUUUAAUGAAGUCAGAUAGAGUCCAAGCUUACAGCCAGUUAAAUUGCGUAAAUGUGACAGAAAAUAAAUAAAGGCCUGACUUUUUAAUAUUAAAUCGUUAAUCCAAAGUUGGUUUUAAUGAAUUUGUCUCUCUCCUCAGGUCAAACAGAGAAUGUCAGAUUGACCAGCACCACAGGAAUCAGUGCCAGUACUGUCGACUGAAGAAGUGUUUCCGUGUUGGCAUGCGCAAAGAAGGUAACUGUCUACCCUGAUCCAUAAAUCCGCUCUGAUCCCUAGGAAAGGAUGACACUGACUUAACAUGAACAUUACUGCAAAUGAUUCAAUAGGAUUUAUAUUGAAAAAUAGUAAGUUAUUGGUAUUUUCCUUAGCGAAGAGCCUCAAGAGUCUUUUUAUUCCCUCAAUCAGCCACUCUAAAUGAGAACAAAAUCAAUCAUAGGCAGUUUUGUGCUUGUCAUUAUCUCACCUCUUCUGCUCCAUGGUCUCUUCAAAGCAGAGAAAAUGCUGCACAGGGCUGUCUGGGCCCUAUCAUGGCUAAGCUAACCAUGCAUGUCAGCUCAGUGCCAUGUUAUAAGUGGCUUAAUCUAGUGCCUGUGUAAGAGUGACUGUGAGGGAUCCAGUGCUAAGACACCUGCGUCCCAGUCGGAGCCUUAAGCCUCUGGUUGAUGCUACAGAAGCCCCUACGACACGUUUGCUCGAUCAGGCAGAAUCCAAUAUGGGGAUUUCUCCUUAAGUGCUGGAGCUGGAGUAAAGCAUCCUUCAAUGUCAUGAAAGAAUUUCACUUGACAAAGAGGAUUCAAUACAGAACAUAAAGAAAAUCACAAAUUUGUGUUACGUUUAACCCUGAGUCUAACACGUCUCUGGGUUGUUUUUCCCCCCCUACUCACAGAUCAUAAAGCUUGCUGAUUUGACAAAUUACAUCUCCCUGUAGAGAGAUCCCCUCUGAUUGACCAGCCCUAGAGAGAGGUCAGAGGUCAGGGUCAGCUGCAGAACAACAUUCCUUUGGCUGGAAAGGAUUCAAGGACACUUUAAGCUGUACAGAUGCGUACCACAUGAAUCCAUAUCCCCACAGGAAUGAAGAAAUCCCACAUGCUGUCUCAGAUUUAGCAGUCAUGCUCUCUGUCAUGGCUGUGGUGUUCUCAGUUAUUUUUGCUGUUUUUGAAUACAGAAUGCAUCCUUUGUAUAUGCACCAAAAGUUGCUGCAAUAGCAUGUUGUAAUCCUUCUUCAAGACAUGUCAUUACAAGGGUGUAAAAUAAUAAUACCAUGUUAAUUCUUCUCUGAGUUUCUUUGUUUUACAUCCAGAGAUAACCUUCACUUAGCCUGACAGGCACAAGAGCAUUCUUUCUCUCCGUCAUGGUCUUCCUUCAAAAGUCAUUCUGAGCUUGAUUAGGCCUCUAUUAAUCUGGAAGAAUAGCCUCCUAAUCAGGCUGAGUCUGUCUGUGGAUAAUCUGACACCCACCACUGGCUGAACUCAGUUUUAACUUUUUUCUUCUCUGUUUUUUUCUCCAAAUUCCCCUCCUUUUCCUUUCCUUGCCCUUUACCAUUUCAUCCUCUCUCUAUUCUCUGCUCUCUGUGUCUUUCGUUCCUUUGUCCUCCCCUCCCCUUUGCCCCCCAACCACACUACAGCAGUUCAACGCGGUCGCAUCCCACCUCAACCGAGUCUCAGUCCCUCCAUCACGCCCAUAGGUGGCGCCAGUGGCCUUGGAGGUGAGUUCUAUAAUAACAACAACAACGGCGGCAGUGGAGGAGGUCAGCCAGUGUCAGAGCUCAUUUCCCAGCUGCUGCGGGCUGAGCCGUAUCCCAACAGUCGCUAUGGACACCAGUACAACCAACAGGCGGGUCCUGAUAACGCCAUGGGCAUCGAUAACAUCUGCGAGCUGGCUGCCCGGCUGCUCUUCAGCACAGUGGAGUGGGCCAGGAACAUCCCAUAUUUCCCUGACCUCCCUGUUUCAGACCAGGUUAGUAGACUGAGGAAAUGAGAAAAAAACAUGCGGUUUGAUUCAGAUGCAACGUUUUUUAGAGGACAUCCCUGGAAAUGCUUAAGAGAAACAGAAAAGAUGAGCUGAGCUGAGGCAACAACAUAAAUACACAGUGAAUACAUAAAGCAUUAAAAAUGUAUGACACAGGUGUAGAGCAACGUGAUUAACACUAACUAAACCACAGGUGGCCCUGCUGAGGCUGAGCUGGAGCGAGCUCUUCAUCCUCAACGCAGCCCAGUCAGCCCUGCCGCUCCACAUGGCUCCCCUGUUAGCGGCGGCUGGUUUCCACUCCUCACCCAUGUCUGCAGAGCGUGUGGUGUCCUUCAUGGACCAGGUUAGGGUGUUCCAGGACCAGGUGGACAAACUGACCCGGCUGCAGGUGGACUCAGCUGAGUACAGCUGUCUCAAGGCCAUUGCGUUGUUCUCACCAGGUGAAUAUUCUGCAUUAUAUGCUGCCAUUUCAUCAUGAAGUACUUCAAAACCAACAACAGUUAAGAUACUUCUAAUAAUAAAAAUAAUAAUGAAGCCUUUUAAUUGAUGUUUUGAAAAUUUGUUUUAAAAACUAAAUGUGCUCCACAGUGUCAAAAAAAUAGAACUAGGAGGACAUUAUGCAAGAAGUAUUGAUAGAGGGUCAAUAUCAAUACACUUAAAGUAAAAAUGAAGAAAACAAUCUGUUGAAAGAGAAAAUGUUUUCAAAAGGAUUUUAAUCCAUGAAAGCUCCUGUGAUGAAUUUUUAGUGAGUUAGCAUGCAGACUGAAAUGAUCGCUAACGUCUCUACAAAAACAAUCAAGAUCAUCAUUGAGAGAGGCAACAGUUAUUUUUGUGGUUUGAAACCACUGACAGGGCUAGUUUUCAGAUCAUGUGAAUGACUGAAUGCAGCUGAAAUAGUAUUACAUUAAAACACAACAGCACACAUAUAGAGGGCAAAAAAGGCAAACAUUAUUAUGUCCACACGUAGAGGAAGUUCCUCACUUGAAUUUUUAAGGUAUUUGGAAGAGACUUCAAAGGAAAGUCAACAACAUACAGUAUUGCAAGUCUUGAAAGCACAGACAGGGUCAGUGGGAUCAAAAGAGUGGUGCCUUAUUUUGAAAGUCACAAAUUAGGCUUAUUGUGGGAUUUAAAUUCAUGAGUUUAGAGUUAAAGUUUAGAUGCAGUUGGACUCUUACAGUACCCAUGAUGCAACCUGCAUUGUUUGGCUCUUCCUUCCCUGGUCAUUUUCCAUAUAUUCCAAACACAACAUUUCCAAUUCCUACUGAGUGAGUUCUGUUAGAAACUUGGGGUCUUCAAGUCUGAGCAGAUGUGACCAGCAACAUCACCGUGAUAUCUCCAGUUUUAAGGCCACAUGAGAGAGAAAUGGAUCAACUGAUGGAUCAGAGGCACUAUGUGUUACUGAUUUUGUUUCACUGUAAAUUAAGUGGAUAGGCACAAAAAAGAAAAAUGUAAGAAUAGAUGCACAUAAAAUGAAACGGCAAAAAAGAACAAAAACAAAACUGUGUUAUGUAAGCGUUAUGGGUCAGGGACUUGUGGUUAAGUUUGGCAUAUUGAUCUGGGUAUGAACUACUGCAGCACCAUCUCCUGGCUUAUUCAUGAAAAUGUAACAGUGUGCUCAGGUGUGAGCUGCAUAAUGUGGUGCUGUCACUAAAACAUGCAGCACUGUGCAUUUCUGUAUUCAAAAAAGUAGCUCUCCUAAACCGAUCACCUGCUGGUUAGACAUCUACCAGAAGCGCUUAAAUCAUUAGAGUCGUGUUGCACAUUAUGUGUCCAUUUCAAAGCUAUUUUCCAGGUUCAGAGGUGUGAAACCAGAUAUUUAUGUUAUAAUGCACACAUGCUGAGGAUCUAUAUUUGUAGGUGUUUCCCUUCAGGGCAUUUUCUAUCUGCUAGGAUUGCUACCUUUCUCUCAGCACAUCACGACUCUUUAUGUAACCUGCCCACACGAUUGAGUAACUGCCUCCUCCUCCCUCCUUCCUUUCAGACGCCUGCGGUCUAACAGACCCCGUCCAUGUGGAGUCUCUGCAGGAGAAGGCACAGGUGGCUCUAACUGAAUACGAGAGAAUGCAGUACCCGAGUCAACCUCAGCGCUUCGGACGCCUGCUCCUGCGCCUCCCUGCCCUACGCGCCGUCCCCGCCAGCCUCAUCUCGCAGCUCUUCUUUAUGCGCCUGGUAGGAAAGACCCCCAUCGAGACGCUUAUCCGGGACAUGCAGCUCUCCGGAAGCUCCAUCAGCUGGCCGUAUGUCCCCGGACAGUAGCUACCACCCAUGACGGGCGAGGUCUCCGUCUGGGAUUAAUGACGACAAGGACCCACAGGAAACCUCCUGACUCAUCGCUUUCCAUCUGUGUGGUUAUGAAACUGCAGCGCCAGCUGGCCGUCAUACGUACUGUACUGUAACCGCUCUAUUCCCUUUCAUGAAACGAGUCCUUUGUCUCCUGAGAAGAGGGGAGACAGUGCCAGGUUAGAUCUGUCUUGUUGCCAGCCUUCUCGUUCUGGCGCCAGAUCUCAGGCCAGAGACCAGAUCCUCAUGCUGGGUCCCGAUAUGGUCACCACAGCCAGUCAUGUACCACCCACAUGCUACAGUGACAAAAGACUCUGCAGUUUUUAUGUAGAGGGCAGCAGCACCCCGCUAUAAACACAUUGAGAGGACAAAACUGUCCCGUCACUGAAACACUGGGCUCAUUUUUCAUGGCUCAUCAUUUGUGAUACAGCGAUCUUUUUAUCCUCAAAUCUGAAAACAUGACAUCCCAGCACCAAGAUCGUGAUAAACUAAAUAAAGAGUUAUACAUUUGGGGAAGCCAUGGUUGGCCUGUAAACACAGUAUGGGAAGAGAAAGUAACAAACUCACUGCAAAGGAGGGAUCACAACAGAAAGAAAAUCAAACCAAGAAAGAAAAUCACCAAAGUCUAUCAAAGUAUCCUCAGAGAUUGUUUUUAAAUCAAGAGUACACAUUGACAAGAGAAGGAGAUGAACUGUUAAAGACUGUCUGACCAUCAUGUGAACAUUGCAUUUACAUUCAUCCACAGGGCUCACUGUUGCUGUAUCUAAAGACAAUUGAAAAAAAAAAGAAACUACAUGAGAAUAGACUAUUACCUCACAAGACAUCAGAAUGCUUUAGUCUGAUAUUUCCUAAACACAAACCUCUGUAAAUGUUGUUCACCAGAAACCGCCUUCUUUUUGACAACUGCCUUGUUAUUCAGUACAAAUUUGGGACACUCCUGAGCAUUACAAACAUUCGUCUUGUAUCUUUCUAGGAAACAACCCCCAAAGUGAUUUUCACUUGUGUUUUGACUAACUUCAUUUGUUGAACUCAAUUAUUAUAUAUUGUUUGGAUGUUUUUAUUAUUUCUUUAAUGGUAUCGUCUGACUGACAUCAACUGGGGUUCUAAUUAAAAUACUCAAAAGUCAUAAGAGUGUGCAACAAAUACAGUUGGUGUGAGAAAGUAAAGCCAACACUACCAGUUAAAUAUCAGUUUGUGUAGAUCAAUGCAGUUUUGAGGGGAUUUUCUCCCUUGAAAAAGUAUUGACUUGUAUAUAUACUGAGGCCAACUUUGUCUUUUUGCAUGUUCAGAUGUUGUUUUGGAUGUCUGCCAAGUCAAGACAGAUUCUUUUCUAUUUCGUAUUUCAGCUAUCAUUUAAAUAUUUGAGCAUUGCUUUUACUGUUGGCUCCUAAAUGUUUUAUUUCUAUUUGUAUUUACAUGAAAAUACCUCUUACAUCUAUUCAGAUGUCAAAAAAAGAAGCUUACCCUCAUGCCAUUACAGCUGAUUUGACAUAGAGAUGUUCAUGCUCUCAUUUCCUGAGUGGGUCUCUGCUGCUGUGAGACGACGCUGUAAUGGAUAAAAAUCUGGUGGAAAAGAAAAUGCACUUGGAGGAAUGCCAAAACAUCACAUGACAACGACAUGAGAAUAAGAGGAUAGGCCCUGAUUUGCUGGUCCACCUGGAUUUACCUCAAACAGGUGUUUCAAGAGGCAUGUUUACUCUGACAAGUUAGAUAUUUUAAAAGAAAAGUGCAAAAUCGAAUCUCAAAUCCAACUUAUCUCAGCAUUUACGACAGAUGUAACCCUGCCUCUUGAUCUACCAACAGGCCUUUAGAAAGUUGUUUGGAUAUCCCAAUGUUAGGCAAAAGCUCAUCCAAUCAUGUCAUUGCAAAAGAAAAAAAUAAAUAUACUCUUAAUGUUUUCUUAUCUUUGUGUUACUGAGUUCUGAAAUUUCUAAAGUUUUCUGUGUAUGGCAGCGUUAUCAAAAGAAUAAAAAGAUGACAAUGUGUCUUCUGUUUAGUUUUUGUUUAUUUUUUGCAAACUACUUGAAAAUUGUUGUAAUUACAUCUGUAUGAAGAAUGCCAAAUAAACACUGCAACAUGUACCAUUGGAUGUGUCACUGGAGUGUAAUCAACAGAGAAAAAGCUAGGUGGUAUGAACAGCAGAUUUUUUCAAAUAAGAAUCUUAGAAUCUUAUGCUCAACAUUCAUCACAUUUUUGUAUAAAAACUCACAUUUAGUACUUUCCUGACUACAUUCUGUAACAAACAUAAUAAACGAGAAAUGCAACUGAAAUGGGAAGUAAAACAUGACAAAAAUAAGAGGACAUUUUAGUGUUUACAGUACAUUUUUUACCACAAUGUUUGUAGUUCAAUCACACAGAAAAGCUCUCUUAGCAGACUCAAGCCUGACAGCUGUUAGAGUAAUACAGAAGCUGUAAACAUCAGGGUCAAACACAGUCUUGGUUCAUAAACGCUGUCUUUAGGCACUCAGGGUACGGCUCUAACAAAAAACUCGUCAGCAUUUUUUCCGUGGCUCUUUUUCAUGGCAUCAUCUCUUAUUAGCGAAAAGCUUUUAUUUUACCCUUGGGUCUGACAUGCUUCUCUGGAUCGACAGACAGCACUUCUUUACACCUCAUUCAACUCACAUUUGGGUAUGAAGACAAGUAAACCAGAAGCCAGUUCAACCUUAUGGGAACUGGUUUUGAUAUCUGAUGUGUAAAACUCCUCCCCUCCAUGUAAUUUAACCCUGAAUCUGCCUUAAGUAUGUUGAAAAAGUUGAACUACUCCCUUUAGUUCAGCUGCUUGUCAAGUGAGCUUGUAUGAUUUCAAUGAAAGAACUGUAUAUCUGAGUAAUUUUAAUCUGCAGGUAUACAGUUUAUAUUUAUCCCAUAAAUAUAAACAUAAUCCCAUUUUUACAAAUCUACAAACACUAGUCACCUAAAUCAGUGGACAUAGUUUACAGAGCACCUGGCAUCAAGCUGUAGUCUACCCCCACUUACAGUUCAAUAUGUUUGAGGGCCACAGUAGAGCCUUAUAAUUCAGACCAGAAAGUGCAAAUCAAAAGAAAAAAUACAGAGGGAAACCCUGUUUUUCUGUACUAGAGUCACAGUCUUUCAGUGUUCUUCCUCGGAUUUUUACAGAUUAUCAAAACAUGCUAACAAAGGCCUUGGUCGUAAGUUUUCACCAGGCGUUUGAUGUGGAAAAGCUUCUGGCGAAGUUCCUUGCAGUGCUUCUUUUUUGCUUGAUAGUCUGGCGUCUGGAUGACAGAACAAAUUAAACAUCAAUAUCUUACAUUGUAUUCAAAUAAGUUAAAAGAGCUGUCACUUGGCUAAAUAUGUAGCUAUUUUUUUGGAGGUAGCUAGCUAGCU